AUAGCUAUUGAAGGAUGUUGUCAUAAUCAGUUGGAACAAAUUUAUAAAACCUUAAAUCAUAUCGAAAGUGUUGAAAAUAUAAAAAUUGAUUUAUUGUUGAUCUGUGGCGAUUUUCAGAGCAUACGCAAUAUAGAAGAUUAUAAAUCGCUGGCCGUUCCGGUUAAAUAUCAGAAACUGGGAACAUUUUAUAAGUAUUAUACUGGCGAACUUAAGGCACCUUAUCCGACUUUGUUUAUUGGUGGAAAUCAUGAAGUCAUAAGUUAUUUAUGGGAAAUAUAUUAUGGUGGAUGGGUUUGUGAAAAUAUUUACUUCCUUGGGUAUGGCGGUGUGGUACAUUUCGGUGGAUUAAGAAUAGGAGGAUUAUCUGGAAUAUAUAAUCCUCGUCAUUAUAACUUAGGGCACUUUGAAACCCUUCCAUAUAGUGAAUCUACAGUUAGAAGUGCUUACCAUGUAAGAGAAUAUGAUGUUUUCAAACUUUCCCAGAUUCGGAAUCCUUUAGAUAUAUUUUUAUCCCAUGAUUGGCCUAGACAAAUUACAAAUUAUGGAGAUUUGGAAACGUUGCUUCGCUUUAAGCCGCACUUCGAAUCUGACAUUAAAACUGGUAAACUUGGGAGUGCUGCUUGUGACGAAUUAUUAUUUAAUUUAAAACCAAAAUAUUGGUUUGCUGCACAUCUUCAUGUGAAAUUUUCUGCUAUUGUUUAUCAUGGUGAAGGACAACCAGGUAUUAAUAAUUUUGAUCUGAACUCAGACAAGAUUAAUAUUGAUUUUACUAAAGAUUUGAACCCUGAUGAGAUUAAUAUUGACUUGGAUGAAGAUUUUAAGAAUCCCGAUGAAACGAAAAAUGAUUCUAAAAAUUGUGUAAAUAAGGAUGAGAUAUUUGUCUCUCUUGAAGAUAAUAAUACUAAAAAUUUGGCAUCUCCUGUUGAAAAUGUUCUAGAACAAUCAAAUGAAUUAGUCCAUGAAAAUUCUAAAAUCCCUCAAAUAACACCUUCGAAUUCUCAUAUAAAUGAUGAUGUAAUUGAAGGUCAACCUCCUUGUACAAAAUUUUUAUCACUUGAUAAAUGUCUACCUGGACGCGAUUUUCUACAGAUUCUCGAUUUUCCAGAAGCAAAUGGUCUUUUGGAAUUUAGUUAUGAUGAGGAAUGGUUAGCAAUUACAAGGGCAACACAAGAAUUUCUCUCUUUAUCUUCCUACGUUAACCCAUUGCCUUCCGAUGAAGAAAUUCGGAGAAAAAUUGAUACAGAAUUACAAUGGGUUCGGGAAAAUAUAUCACAAAAAAAAGCGGGACUUGUAAUUCCGCAUAAUUUUCAACCCACCGCUCCUGCGUAUGGACAACAGCAAACAUAUAUUCUUCAAAAACCAUUCAAGAAUCCUCAAACGGAAGCUUUUACUAAAUUAUUAAAUAUACAAAAUAAGAUUAAUCCAGAAGGACAAAUUCCAAGCAAAGAUGUUUCCAAUUAA